AAAGUAUAACAACCCACCAACCCAUCACUUAUAAACCCCAUUUUCUCUGCUCAUUUCUUUCUUGAGAAAAAAAAAAUAAAAAAUCAAAACCAUGGCUACCAUUUCUAAGCUCUCAAAUCCAUGCCUUAAUUACUCUUCAUCAACUUCAUUUGGGACCAGAUCUUCAUCAACACCUAAAUUUUUUAUUGAUCUUCGAACCAGUAACAAUACCACCUUUCAUCACAGAGUCUCUGGUUCUAAGUUGUCCUUUGUUAUCAACCCUUCUAACAGAGGAUCCUUGUGUGUCAAAUGCUCCCAAACUGAUGGAAAUGGAAGCUCAGUGAAGAGAACAACUCUCCAUGAUCUCUAUGAGAGGCAAGGCCAAAGCCCAUGGUACGACAAUCUAUGUCGUCCUGUUACAGAUCUGAUUCCAUUGAUUGAGAGUGGUGUUAGAGGUGUAACCAGCAAUCCUGCGAUUUUCCAGAAAGCUAUAUCAACAUCAAAUGCUUACAAUGAUCAGUUUAGGGAACUUGUACAAGCUGGAAAAGAUAUAGACAGUGUGUACUGGGAACUUGUGGUAAAGGACAUCCAAGAUGCAUGCAAACUCUUUGAGACAAUCUACGAUAAAACAGAUGGUGGCGAUGGGUACGUUUCUGUUGAAGUCUCACCUAAACUUGCUGAUGAUACAGAGGGCACUAUAGAGGCUGCAAAGUGGCUUCAUAAGAAGGUUGAACGUUCCAAUGUGUAUAUAAAAAUUCCUGCUACUGCUCCAUGCCUUCCUUCCAUCAAGGAAGUCAUUUCACUCGGAAUAAGUGUCAAUGUCACGCUUAUCUUCUCUCUUGCAAGAUAUGAAGCAGUCAUUGAUGCUUACCUCGAUGGCCUUGAGGCCUCUGGGCUAAGUGAUCUCUCCAGAGUCACAAGUGUUGCUUCAUUUUUCGUCAGCCGAGUUGACACACUUGUCGACAAGAUGCUUGAGAAAAUCGGAACUCCAGAGGCUCUUGAUCUUCGUGGGAAGGCUGCAAAUGCGCAGGCAGCUCUGGCUUACAAGCUUUACCAGAAGAAAUUUUCUGGUCCCAGAUGGGAGGCUUUGGUAAAGAAAGGUGCCAAGAAACAGAGGGUAUUGUGGGCCUCAACUAGUGUUAAGAACCCAGCAUAUCCCGACACUUUAUAUGUGGAUCCUCUCAUUGGACCUGACACAGUUUCAACGAUGCCCGAUCAAGCUCUUCAAGCAUUUAUUGAUCACGGUUCUGUUGCAAGGACGAUUGAUGCAAACGUAUCUGAAGCUGAAGGUAUCUACAGUGCCCUCGAGAAGUUGGGCAUUGACUGGAGCUUUGUUGGGUCUCAGCUCGAAUUGGAGGGUGUGGAUUCCUUCAAGAAGGCUUUUGAUAGCUUGAUUGACAGUCUGCAGGAGAAGGCAAACACCCUCAAGUUAGUGAACCUGUAAAACAAGUUUAGUUUGCUAGGAGAUUAAUGACUGAAUAAAUGAUAAGUCUUGUUGACUUGAGUUUUCUGCACUGUAAUGUAUAAUCUUGAGGAUAUUUGGCGGUAAUACUUUUCUUGAUAAGAAAUUUGAUAUUGGUUUGUAUUA